UGCAGCCAAAGCCAACGCCUUCGCAGCGAUCUCUCUUCUUUCUUCCUGGCUUGCCUCUCUAAAAUCUAUUCUCAUUUUAUUUAUAUUCACAAUUUUCACACUAACUUAUACAAAGUUUCAAACUUCUUUUAUUUCUACUAAUAAAAAUCCAUACUUACCAAAAAACAAAAAAAGCAAAAGCAUUUUCUUUUUAACUCUGGUGUAUGUGUGUGUUUACCCUGCCCCAAUUGUCCAAAUCUUGAGCCAACCCUUUACUUCAUUAAGCUCGCCAGAGACCGGGCCAUUCUUGUUAUUGGGUUGGCUUAAUUACAUUAUUAGCAAAUACUGUAGGAGGCAAGGGUACAUAAGACACCUUUUGGGGCUUGAUUCACGCAUCUUCUAUGCUGUCACUCUUCUAGAGAAUAUGGGCUUACUCUGCAGCAAGAACCGUCAUUACACUGAAGCAGAUGCUGAGGAGAAUUCACAGGCUGCAGAAAUUGAAAGGAGAAUUGAACAAGAAACAAAGGCUGAAAAGCAUAUCCAGAAGCUUCUAGUACUUGGUGCUGGUGAAUCUGGGAAAUCAACAAUUUUUAAGCAGAUAAAGCUUCUAUUCCAAACAGGCUUUGACGAUGCAGAACUAAGGAGCUAUAUCUCAGUCAUCCAUGCCAACAUCUAUCAGACUAUAAAAAUACUUUAUGAUGGAUCAAAGGAAUUUGCUCAAAAUGAUGCUGAUUCUUCCAAAUAUGUUUUAUCCAGUGAAAAUAAGGUUAUUGGAGAGAAACUAUCAGAAAUUGGAAGCCAGUUGGAUUAUCCAUGUCUAAAUAGAGAACUUGCACAUGAGAUAGAAACUCUCUGGAAAGAUUCUGCAAUUCAGGAAACCUAUGUUCGUGGUAAUGAACUUCAAGUUCCAGAUUGUGCUCAUUAUUUCAUGGAAAAUUUGCAAAGAUUGUCUGAUGCAAAUUAUAUUCCAACAAAGGAGGAUGUUCUAUAUGCAAGAGUUCGUACAACUGGUGUUGUAGAAAUCCAGUUCAGCCCUGUGGGGAAGAAUAAGAAAAGUGGUGAAGUAUACAGACUCUUUGAUGUGGGAGGCCAGAGAAAUGAGAGAAGGAAAUGGAUCCAUCUUUUUGAAGGAGUUACUGCUGUGAUCUUUUGUGCUGCUAUUAGCGACUAUGAUCAAAUUGAGGAUGAACAGAAGAACCGGAUGAUGGAGUCAAAAGAACUAUUUGAUUGGGUCUUAAAGCAACCAUGCUUCGAGAAAACAUCCUUCAUGCUGUUUCUAAACAAAUUUGACAUAUUUGAAACGAAGGUUCUAAAAGUUCCGCUAAAUGUAUGCGAGUGGUUCAAAGAUUACCAACCAGUUUCAACAGGAAAGCAAGAGAUUGAGCAUGCAUACGAGUUUGUAAAGAAGAAAUUCGAGGAGUUGUAUUUUCAAAGCACAGCCCCUGAUCGAGUGGAUCGGGUCUUUAAGAUCUACAGAACCACUGCCCUUGACCAGAAGCUUGUGAAGAAAACUUUCAAGCUGGUGGACGAGACUUUGAGACGGAGAAAUCUCUUCGAGGCUGGGUUGUUGUGACUGCAGCAGCCUGUUUCCAACGACUGUUCAUAAUAUGACUGAAUGUGAUCAGAUUUUGGAUGUUUUAAGGUCGGAGGAAACACCCAUCUAUUGACUGCUGGCAUAUCAUAUUAUUGUCAUAUUUUCUUCACAGGCUAAGUUUUGGUUUUUCCCAUUUUGUUGAUCAGUUAUCACAAGGUUAAAAUGUGUUUUUUUUUUUUUAAAUCCCCAUGAUUCUAGAGACUCUGAUUUGUUCAUAGGAAAACAUUCCCUGAGAAUUUGUUUUCCUUGUCUGUUUAUUAUAUUUCAAGUUGGGGAUCGGAUCAGGCGUAUGAAGGAACAAUGAACAUGAUAUUCUUUCUAUCCUAGUAAUACAACUCAUUGUUAUUCAUGUUCCACUCUGUGGGAACAAUGAACAUGAAAUUAAAUCUCACUUUUGGUCACUA